CGGCGCGGCAGUAGCGCGCGAUCCGCCGCGGCCGGCCCGCGCGCGCGCAACGAACGAACGACCCGCACUCCCGCGCAUCGAAGAAACGCGAUCUUCGCGACAACGACUGCCGAUCCUCUACCAGUAUCCAAGAACACGUGCCGAAUCGAAAACCGAGAAAUCUAGCGAUAAUUAAAAGUGCAUUGACGGAUCGAGCUAACAGUAGUUAACAUUUGCGAGGGCGGAUUAUAACGAACAAAUCGACUAACAAACUCGAACCGCACGAAGGUGUCGCGUCGCAAAAAGCGCAACACAAUAGAGUAACCGUCUAAUUAUAUCGUGGUGUGUCGAGAUGCAGAACAUCGAUCCGCUGGAGUUCGCCAACAUACUGGCCACCGAGCUCUGGUGCCAGCAGUUGGCGAACCUCGAGGGCCUCCAGUCGGGGGUCCCCACUCGAACGACGGCCACCAUCACGCCGACGCAGCUGCGCAAUUUCGAGCAGACCUACAUCGAGCUCAGCAACUGCCGCAGCGACCAGGCCAACCACGCCGGCUUCGUACCACCCUCAGUCACGCACGCCAACAAUUACGGCAUCCUGAACCAGGCGGGGUACUGCGGGGCGGGCCCGACGACGGCGCUGCACGUGUCGCCGGGCCCGCUCUCCGCCAGCGGCGACAGCAGCUCCAGCCCCGGCCUCCCCGCGCCCAAGAGACGCAACAUGGGCGGCCGAAGACCCACCAAGGCGCCACAAGACAUCUCCCCCGAGGAAGAGGAACGCAGGAAGGUUCGCCGUGAACGAAACAAGAUGGCUGCCGCGCGCUGCCGCAAGCGAAGACUCGACCACACCAACGAGCUGCAAGACGAGACCGACAAACUUGAAGAAAAGAAGCAGGCCUUACAAGACGAGCUCAGAAAAUUGAACGCAGAUAAGGAGCAAUUAACGUCGAUUCUUCAGACGCACAUGUUAACCUGCCGUUUGGCCAAGCGGCCGCCCAGUCCUCCCGACGUGAAGCCCUUCCAAGACCCGUAUGCGUACGCGGCCGACGUGCCCGAAGACGGUGUGAGGGUCAAGGUCGAGGUCAUGGACCCAGUUGUUGACCCCGUGCUCGGGUUAGAUAACGAUAUCUUCGCAUCGCCGACGCCUGACAAAAGAAUAAUGCUGUCGGCGGCAAACCCAGCCGUGGUAACGUCGUCAUCGCCGGCGCCCCUCGACACGCCGCCCGUGGCCGCGCGGCCGAGCAGGCCCAGCUUCUUGCAGGUGCCCCUUGUUCCUACGCCGCAGCAGAUCCACAACACCAAGGCCCUGGGCAGCAAUAAGAUCGCGGGCAUCGAGAUCAGCACCCCGAGCAACGGCAUCCCGUUCAACUUCGACAGCCUGAUGGAGGGCGGCACGGGGCUCACGCCGGUGCACCCGCACCCGCAGCUGUGCGGCGCCAUGCUGCAGCGGCCGCAGCCCGACCCCGACCAGGACCACCACAACUCGCUCGUCAGCCUCUGAGAGUACCAAGCGCUUCUGGAAGUAGAGCUCUUCGACUUCUAGAAGGUACCAGCGCGGCUGGCACGCGGCCGGGCGUGAGACGUGCGGCCGACCCUUCGUGUGAGUUACUCGUACGUCAGCACUCUAAGGACUAUUUAUUCGAUGUACUCUAAUCUAUUUUGAUAUCUUUCUCUGUCACUCUCCCGUGCUAGGCGAUCGGCUAUCUCUUUCUAAGUUAUUGUAAGCGACGUCCUUGCUCACUAUGUGCUUUGUAUUUAUAUCGUAGUCUAGAGUUAGUAAUGGCCCAGCGGCGCCAGCCUACGGAAGUCAAUUGAUGAGCUGUUCUAGUAUUCUAAAGGAGGAUAUUUUUAUAAAAGAAUAGAUUUGUAUUUCUGCAGAAAUAAUAAUUGUGAUCUAAAAUAAAACAGAGUUUUAUUUGAAGCAUUUCAGGGAUUUUUUUGGUGUUGUGCUUGUUAUCUAGCGAGGCUAGACUCGGUGCGUAUUUGUAAGUUUUGUAAAAGAUCUCUUUUACACGCGACUGGACCCUUCGGCACAAAGUAUUCAACGUCGUAUAUCUUGUCAUAAUAAACCUCGUGCCAUUAUCUACGUCUACUCUCAGGAAUACAAUAAUUAUGAAAUAUUUAGUUAACCGUAAACUAACAGCAAUAUUACUUAAAGAGUAUAUUAAUAUAUUGAUGGUAAGUUAGCUCAAUGUUGGUGUAUUGUCUGACCGUUCCAUGGUUAGUACUGGUAGCGUAAUGUUAAUGUUAAGCCUUUUGUGAUACGUCCAGUGAUUGUGCGCCUGCGACUCUAGUCGCGUGCAAUUAUUACACUUUGUAAUGCUCAUGCCGUCUCGUCAGUAAUGUGCUACACAAGUAUUUAUACAAACAAAUACUUAUUGAGUAUUGAAUAAAAAAUACUUCAUUAAAUUUUGUCAGUUUAAUUUGUAAUUCAUAAUUAGAAUAAGUAGGCUAUCAAAGAGUGAUGUUAAAUAAAUCCAUAAUUAUAUAUUUUCAUAUAUUAUAUGGCAUGAGUGAAUAAAAUGUUUAGAUAAAGACCACUGGAUUAAAAUAUAGUGUAAGGCAAUAAUUAGCGUAAGAGCACUUAACAAUUAUUAUAAUAUGCAUAACUUAGACCAAAUUAUUACUUUAUGUGCUUUAUUGUAGAUUUAAUUAAAAUCUAAGCCAAAUAUUGAUUUUAUGUGGUUACGUUAGGUAUAGGAGAAGCCGCCAUUUCCGAUGAAGUAUUAUAGGUGCUGGGCUGUCGGCGCAGCAUGCAUACCACGUACGCGGUGUAUUUAUUUAGACGUAUUAUAAUAUGGAGUAUGUCACCACGAGACUAGUGCAAUAGCGCGGAUUGCCUAAGUUUUAUACGACAAUUUUACUAUACACUAGUAUUCAUUCGAAAUAAUGCAUAAUAUGAACAUCUAGAAGAAUAAGAGAGAUGUAAUUUUUUCUAGAAGAUUUUUUCUUAACGCAAUUGUAGUAUACUUUUGUAUUUUUCGAAGAAAAUUAGCGAAGCAAUAUAUUUGAUAAAAUUAUUGGAUUUAUCGCCGAUGUAGUGAAAUAUUUAUGUAAAUCAGAAAAAAUAUAAAUUUUGUUACAUACACCCGAA